CAUAGGUGCCAGGUUGAGCUGGGCAAGAGGCCAGCUCUGAAGAUGAAGGUCAUGUUCCUGCUCUUGGAGCUGAUGCUUCUGUCAGUGCUGCAGGCCCAAGCAAAAAUCCUUCUGAAGGAACAUUUUGAUGCAGAGAAGCUUGCUGGGAAGUGGAAUACCAUUGCCAUAGCGUCCCACUCCAGCUGGAUCAAAGACUUCAAGAGAAAUGGGAAGAUGGCUGUGAGCACUGUAAAACCACAACAGAAUGGUGAAAUAAUCAUCAAAACCUUAAUUUCUGGUCCUGAAGGAUGUGAGCAGAGGAUGAUGGUCCUAAAAAAAAAUGAUCAACCUAGUCAACACACAAACUCCUGCUUUUCAGGGUUUAGUAGCUCUGAUGAUGGUCUUGAGGAAAGAAGUGGCACUUCUCACAACCACGGGGAAGAUGUCCCCAGCUGCAGGCUGCUAGAUACGGACUACAGCAACCACAUCCUCCUCCUCAGUGACCGCGAGUACCAGGGGCAGAUCAUCUCAGUGCUGUUUCUCUACAGCAGGGAUGCUGAAGUGAAACCCCACAUGUUAGAGAAAUUCAGAGACACCAUGAGCCAGAUGGGGCUUUCUGAGGAGCAGAUGAUUGUGCUGCCCAAGACCGAAGAGUGCACCCCACCAUCCAAGUAGGUGACUUAGAGCUCCAACCAUCCCAUCCCAUUUCUGGGUGAGCCCCAGUGUCCUCCUGCCCACCCACCCCAAGCUGGGAGCACAGCCAGUCCCGGCACAACUACGCACAAUCAGCUCAAAACUGACCCCAGCCCAAAUGCACUGUUCUCCUGGGGAAAGGCUUAGCACCAUAUAAA